AUGGCUUUGAUCGGAGAGGCUCUUAUCUCUGCUUCCGUCCAGGUGUUGUGCGACAGAAUUACUUCAGCCGAGUUCGUCGACUUAUUUCGGCACAAGAAACUUGACAAACCACUCCUCAUGAAACUGAACACCACAUUGUUGACCUUGAAUGUAGUGCUCGAUGAUGCAGAGGAGAAGCAAAUGGUAAACCCUGCUGUGAGAAAGUGGCUUGAUGAGCUCAAACAUGCUGUCUUUGAUGCGGAGGACUUAUUGGAUGAGAUCGACACUGAAGCCUUGCGACGCAAGCUGGAAGGCGAAGAUCAAAUCGACAAAUUAACCAACAAGGUGUGGAACUUCCUCUCUUCUCAUAAUCAUUUUUAUCAAAGUAUGAAUGUUAAGAUACAAGAGUUGUUACAAAGAUUAGAAAGCUUUGUACAACAGAAAAGUAUUCUGGGUCUUAGAGAAGGUGCUGGGAAGCAGGUUUCACAAAGAACUCCAACAACUUCCUUGGUUCAUGAACCUUGUUUCCAUGGUAGAGAUGAAGUCAUAGAAAAGUUCUCAAAAGUGUUGCUAUCUGAUGAUGCAAGCAAGGAUGAUGUGUCUGUCCUCACCAUUGUUGGAAUGGGCGGGGUUGGCAAGACAACCCUUGCCCGAAUGCUUUACAAUGACGAUAAGGUGAAAAGUCAUUUUACAUUUCAAGCUUGGGCUUGUAUUUCAGAAGAUUAUGAUGCUAUUAGGAUAACUAAAACUCUUCUUGAGUCAGUCACUUCAAAGCCUUGUACUACAACAGAUCUGAAUUUGCUUCAAGUUGAACUAAGAGAACAACUGAGGGGAAAGAAAUUUUUAUUUGUAUUGGAUGACCUAUGGAAUGAAGAUUAUACUGAUUGGAAGUUCCUCCAAACUCCUUUUACUUCAGGAGCAAGGGGAAGUAAAGUCAUCAUAACAACACGGAACACAAAUGUAGCAUCUAUCAUGCAAAAUGUUCCUAUUCAAUACUUGGAACCCCUGUCAAAUGAGGACUGCUGGUUGCUACUUGCAAAACAUGCAUUUGGAAAUGAAAACUAUAGUGCACAUCCAAACUUGGAAGAAAUCGGGAAGCAAAUUGCACGCAAAUGCAAUGGGUUGCCUUUAGUUGCACAAACACUUGGUGGUGUGUUACGUUGCAAGAAAGACUCCGAAGAAUGGAACAAAGUAUUAAACAGUAGCAUUUGGGACUUACCUUACCAAAAAAGUAAUAUUCUUCCUGCUUUGGGAUUGAGUUACCAUUAUCUUCCUGCAACGUUAAAACGAUGCUUUGUUUAUUGUUCAAUUUUUCCAAAGGACUAUGAAUUCAAGAUAGAAGAUGUGGUUUUUCUUUGGAUGGGAGAAGGUUUAAUUCCCCAAGCUGAGAAUGUGGAAAGAAUGGAAGAGGUGGCUAAGGAAUAUUUUAAUGAACUGUUAUCCCGAUCAUUGUUUCAAAAGUUGGGGAAAUCAAGUUUCACUAUGCAUGAUCUCAUCAAUGACUUGGCUGUGUUUAUGUCUAAGGGUUUUUGUUCCAGGUUGGAAGGGAAAGAAUCACACGAAGUAGAAAGGGUUCGCCAUUUGUCAUAUGCUAGUGGAGAUUUUGAUGUUGCUACAAAAUUUAAGCCAUUAAAUGGUGCUAAGUGCACGAGGGAGUUGAUUAAUUUGCAUCAUCUUGAUGUCAGGGGAACUAAAAUUGAAGAGAUGCCGGUGCAAAUGGGUAGACUGAAAAGUUUGAGAACAUUGAUUGCUUUUGUUGUGGGAAAAUCUACUGGCUCAAGCAUAGGAGAAUUGAGGGAGUUGCUUCGGCUUGGAGGAAAACUUUCAAUUUUGAAUUUGCAAAAUGUAGUUGAUGCGAGGGAUGCACUGCAAGCCAAUAUGAAAGACAAGAAAGAUCUCAAGGAGUUAGAGCUUUCAUGGGGUGAGGAGGAUGCUGAUGAUUCCCAAAAGGAGAAAGAUGUACUUGACAAGCUCCAGCCUUGCUUGAAUUUGGAGAAACUAACCAUCAGAUUCUAUGGUGGAACCAAUUUCCCGAAUUGGUUAGGAGACUCUUCUUUCUCUAACAUACAAGUCAUGCAUCUCAGUGAUUGUACAUAUUGUUGGUCGUUGCCACCAGUUGGGCGGUUACCCGGUCUCAAAGAGCUCUGUAUAGAAAGAAUGAAGUCUUUGAAGACGAUUGGGGUGGAAUUCUAUGGCAGAAAUGGAGGUUCUCUGAUUCAGCCAUUUCAAUGUCUGGAGAGGCUGGAGUUUAGGGGGAUGGAAGAGUGGGAGGAAUGGGUACCAAGUGGAAGUGCAAGUGCAAGUGGAGGUGAAUAUGGUCCAGACUUUCCUCGUCUCCAGGAGCUGAUUCUAAUCGGAUGUCCGAAGCUGAGAGGAAGCUUGCCUUAUGAGCUGCCUUGCUUGAAGAAGCUUCGGGUGAGUGGGUGUCAGGUUUUACUUGAUGUAAAGCCCACUACCACAACUACCAUUAGUCUUAACUACAAAUCUCUUAAAGAAUUGCGUAUAGAAGGAUGCCAGGCAGGUCUGUUAUCAUUAUUAGAGACAAAGUUCCUGUCCCAACUUUACAUUAGAAAUGUUGUUGACCUACAGUGCUUGCCCAACUGCAAUUGUCUUCAAAGUUUGGAUCUUUCGCAAUGUCCAACGUUGUCGUCGUUCCCUAAGGACGGCCUACCCACUACGUUGACAUCACUUUCUAUAUACGAUUGUAGGAAAUUAGAAUUCCUAGCCGAUGAGAUGUUGACCAAAUUGACAUCGCUUGACGAUUUGUACAUAUGGAAUAGCUGUGAUUCAAUGAGGUUCUUACGGUUGGGCAUUUUUCCCAAAUUGACGAGCCUUUCCAUUGGGGAAUGUGAGAAUCUGGAAUCCCUUUCCAUUGAUGAGAAUCUCAGCCAUCUCAAUAAUUUGUGUUUUCCCCUGAGUUCCUUUUCAGUCCAUGGAUGCGAGAAAUUGAAGUCAUUCCCCAAACGCAUUCACACCCUCACAGCCCUUCGAUCUUUGUCGAUAGGGGAUGUUUCGAAUCUGGAGUCAUUUGCAGAAGAUGGGGGUUUGCCUCCCAACCUCCGACACUUUGGCAUUAAAAAUUGUAAGAGACUGAGGGCUUCAUCUUCAUCAGCGGGGGAGUACUGUAACUGGGGUUUGCAAGCACUUGUCUCCCUUGAAGAAUUUCGUAUCAGAGGAAGUGACCAUGUCUUGGAGACGUUGCUCAAGGAACAGCUGCUCCCUACCACUCUUCGCAGACUCAACAUCUCUUUUCUAUCAACUCUGAAAUCUUUGGACGGAAAGGGUCUUGAACACCUCACUUCUCUUCAAGUGCUACAAAUUACAUCAUGUCCAAGUCUGGAAUUCCUGCCAGGAGAGGAACUUCAACACCUCACUUCUCUUCAAAAUCUAGAUAUUAGACGGUGUGACAGUCUCCAAUGCCUGCCAGAAGAGGGUUUGCCGCCAUCUCUUCAAAGGCUAAGUAUCUACUACUGUUCUGCCCUGGAGGAAAGGUAUAAGAAUAAGACGGGACAAGAUUGGGCCAAGAUUUCUCACAUUCCUUGCGUCCAGAUAGGCAACGAAGUGAUCAUAUAA